AUGUUUGACCUGCCGAGUGCGAAACAGAUCGGUCGGGAUGAGAUUCUCUCGCCCCGUUCCUCCCGCUCCCGCUCUCCCGUGCCCGAUGAAACCGACAUGCAAGACGCGCAUGCGCGACUUGGCAAGCUGCUAGAUCUGGAUGGACUCAUCGGUGCAGUGGCAUUUCAAAAUAAUAAUGAACCGACUCAACUAGCCAACGCGAACAACGACUCGGACGAAGAGCAAGAAUUCGAGUUCCGGCUGUUCAGCGCCCCAACCACCACGAAAGGUGCGGAAACAGGGGAAGGCCCAGAUAAAUCCACAAAUGAGAAGGAGACAAAGCCAUCGGCCACUGAGGGACAACCCCAGAAGCUGCGGAUCAGGUUACGGUCGCCGACACCCGUGCCCACCGAAGGGCGAUUUGUGAAGGCCUUUCGCGGGUGGCAGUAUUAUGUCUCAGCGCCUUCUUUAUUAGACCCAAAAUCUACCGAGGAUGCAGACAUUAUCGCAGAAAAGCAGCGACAGUUUGAGGAUGUCGCUGUGAGUGGACAGCAUAUGUUGACGUGGGCCAAGUCCCAAGCCUGGCCGGGCUGUGAUUUGCCAUGGCGAGUGAUUCGUCUCAAAAGACAUCAAACGAAACUGCCACCAGCAUCUAAAGAUGUUCCAAUCUAUGUGGUUGAGGGUGCACCGGCUUCCAAAAGCCCCACGUCUCGCAAGAAGCCUGGGAAAAAGCGUCGGAUACAGCUUCGCAAGCGUGCUGCCGUUACGAAGGCGGCCCAGGAGACAGAGGCGGAGAAGCGAAAUCGCAAAAACCGCGAGCGCAAGAUCAAGCGUCGACAGAAAGCGCGCGAGCAAAAGGCUGCAGCUACAGGCACACAAGUCGACGAAGUUGCCUCCUCCCAGGGUGGAGACAGUUGA